CCUAUGGAGAAAUUUUACCGUGAGCGGACCGAUAUUAUAUCGCUGUAUCUCUCAAGAUAGGGAGAAGCAUGCGGCUAGGACGUCCACAACGCAUACUCGCCAAUCCGCCGACUCGAGCUUCUUCCUACUAUGUCUUCCGUCAAACCUCCGGCAAGGCGUUAGGCACGCUAGUUGGCGACCUCGUAAUUGUUGCUAGGCAAGCGAAUCUCCGAAUUGUUGCGAACCAAGUCCGCUUCACUGCCGUAGCUGCUGUGCAGGCAACUCGACCGCCCGUUGAUAAGCAAGCGUUGACCGAAUUGCAAGAGUCGCAAACGGAAUCGUCCUGUGGUUGCCUCUGAUUAGUCUCAGCUGCGAGUAGCAUGCGACAUGCUGGUAUCGAAGAGCGAGCUUACAAAAAGUUCAGCCC